AUGAGGAAUUUUCUGUUAAUAUUUGGUCUCGUUCAGGCUAAUUUGGAGCCGUUGUUCUUCGAAAUGCUUCCAGGCGAAAAGCCUAGAUGCUUUCUUGAAGAAAUGCCCGGUGACACCCUUAUGACGGCGCAGUAUCACGCAAUGCUCGUCACUCCUACCAUCGGAAUAAUUACAGAUACGAAAGUUGGUCAAUCGAUGAUGGUCAAAGUAACGAACCCCGAUGGCAAAACGAUUCUCGAACGUACCUAUGGAUCCAAGGGUCGAUUUGCUUUUACCACUCAGCAAGCUGGAAGCUACAUGAUGUGUCUAAGCUCCGAUAAAGGUGCAUGGACGCAACCAGACACCAAGGAAAAGCCAACCCAGCAGCGUCUUCGGAUCAACAUCUCCUUCCACAUUGGCGAAACGCGUCAAUACUACAAAGAAGUCGCCAAAAACGAAGAAGUAUCGAGAUUGAAAAUGGAAACGAUGCGGCUUUCUGAUCAAAUCACACGGAUCAUGAAGGAGCAGGACUACGCUCGAACUCGCGAAGAUGGCUUCAGAAAAAUUUCUGAAAUCUUGAACUCUAGGGUUCUUUGGUGGGCGUGUGUUCAGGUUCUCCUCGUGGUUGUGGUUGGAGUCUGGCAAGUCACGCACAUGAGAAGUUUCUUCAUCAAGAAGAAAAUCUCCUGA